GACGCGACGCUCUCUGGUCAUGUGCUCGUGACGCGUCUGCGCGCCGGGUCGCCGCGUUUGUUUCCGGAAGUGCUGGUGCGGCCGUGGUGGGGGGGGGGCGACCCGGCGGCAGGCGGCAUGGAGAUCACCCGGGGCAAUUUCAAGAACGCGCUGGGCACCGUCUACGAGGCCGUGGAGGACGCCGAUUUCUUGGCCAUCGACGGGGAGUUUUCAGGCAUCAGCGAUGGGCCGUCCGUGAGCGCGCUGACCAACGGCUUCGACACGCCCGAGGAGCGGUACCAGAAGCUACGGAAGCAUUCCAUGGAUUUCUUGCUGUUCCAGUUUGGCCUAUGCACUUUUAAGUAUGAUCACACAGAAUCUAAGUAUAUUAUGAAAUCAUUUAACUUCUAUAUUUUCCCCAAACCUUUGAACAGAACAUCACCAGAUGUCAAGUUUGUCUGUCAGAGCUCAAGUAUAGAUUUUUUAGCAAACCAGGGAUUUGAUUUUAAUAAAGUUUUUCGAAAUGGUAUCCCUUACUUAAAUCAAGAAGAAGAAAGACAGUUACGAGAACAAUAUGACGAGAAGCGCUCUCAAGCCAAUGGGCUGGGUGGCUUGGCAUAUAUGUCACCUGGUGCUGCCAAGCCUCCAUCGGCUGUUCCUGAGGAUCAGAAGAAGUUCAUCGAGAAAGUUGUAGAAAGGAUAGAAGAUCUCCUGCAAAAUGAAGGAAACACCACCGUGCAGCUGGAGCCGUGCACCGGAUUUCAGAGGAAACUAAUCUAUCAGACACUGAGCUGGAAGUAUCCAAAAGGCAUCCAUGUUGAAACUGUGGAAACAGAAAAGAAGGAGCGAUACAUGAUCAUCAGCAAAGUGGACGAAGAGGAGCGCAAGAGAAGAGAGCAAGAGAAGCAAGCGAGAGAGCAGGAGGAGUUGAAGGAUGCGGUGGGGUUUUCCCGAGUCAUUCACGCCCUUGCAAAUUCAGGCAAGCUCGUGGUUGGACACAACAUGUUGCUGGACGUCAUGCACACCAUCCAUCAGUUCUACUGCUCCCUCCCUGAGGAUUUUAGUGAGUUCAAAGAACUAGCAACAUGCGUCUUUCCAAGGCUAUUGGACACUAAAUUGAUGGCAAGCACUCAGCCAUUCAAGGAAAUCAUUAAGAACACAUCCCUGGCAGAGUUGGAAAAGCGUUUGAAGGAGAUGCCCUUCAGCCCUCCAAGAGUUGAAAGUGCCAAGGGCUUUCCCAGCUACAACACUGCUUCAGAGCAGCUUCAUGAAGCUGGUUAUGAUGCCUACAUCACAGGCCUCUGCUUCAUCUCCAUGGCAAACUUCUUAGGUUCAUUUCUCAGCCCUCCCGCAAAUCAUGUUUCUCCCAGUUCAAAGCUGAUAGAGCCCUUUUUCAACAAAUUAUUUCUGAUGAGGGUGAUGGACAUUCCAUAUCUCAAUUUGGAAGGACCAGAUCUACAGCCAAAACGUGAUCACGUCCUUUAUGUUACCUUUCCCAAAGAGUGGAAGACAAGCGACCUUUACCAGCUCUUUAGUGCUUUUGGAAACAUUCACGUAUGUUGGAUUGAUGAUACAUCAGCAUUUGUAUCCCUGAGUCAGCCUGAACAAGUACAGAUUGCUGUUAAUACCAGCAAGUACGCUGAAAGUUACCGGAUUCAGACUUACGCAGAAUAUAUUGAAAAGAAGCAGGAGGAGAGGAGGCAAGCGAAGAGGAAAUGGGCAGAAGACAGUUGGAAGGAGAUGGAAGUGAAGCGCUUAAAGACACAGGCCAGCCCCUUCACACUCCAGAGCCGCUACUACAGCGUUUGUAGUUUUUCAACCCCCAGCUCUGUGGGGAAGAGAAGCAUGAGCCCCAUCCAAGAGGAGAGCAUCACAGAUGACCUGGAGGAGGCCGCGGUGCAAGAGGUGGACCAGGCCACCCCAGGCCCCUUCCAGGAGCCCCCUGAAGAAGAGAAGAAGCAAGCCAAGAAGCUCAGGAAGGGCAAAAGGGAGCAAACAUUGGAUGGGGGGCUCAAGGCUACUCCCACCAGGCUCUUUGAUGUGCCGGACACGUGGUAGCUGCCAGGAGCACCAAUGAAAGAGGGCUUCCAUUCCAGGGAAUCGGUGGCGGCAGUGUCCUCCCAAGCCAGUUUGAAGGAAGAAAGGAGGCUGGUGCACAAAGGAGAGGCACAUCGCUUCUUGGAAAUCUGUUUUGUUUUUUAAUCUCUACUGAACAAUCACGGUCACUGUUUUUAUGUGUAUGCAUGCGUGUACAUGUCCGUUUCCUUGAUUAUGUGAAAGCCUUUGCUGUUGUGUGUAUUAGAUCAAAAGGCCAAACCGUGGGACUGGACCAUCCAUUCAUGUAACAUGGCAGAGUUUGUGUGCAGCUUGCUCUGCUGGUCCCCUCGAUCCCCUGCAGACAUUCAGGCACACCAACGGCCAGUCGGGCGCCUGGCGCUUUCAACCACUUCCUUCCCUGCCAUCUUCUGCAGUAGUAGAAGUGCAUCUUACUCUCCCUCCCUACCCCCCAUUAAAGAGAAACUGUCCUUUCCCUUUGGGAAAGAAAAUAGGUCUCAAUCUUCAUAUUAAGUUUGAGAACCAGCUUACUGUACCUGGAGGGGAGGGAAGCUUCUCUGGCACCUUUUCCCUCGAUCUGUGACUAGCAUUCUAUAUUUCAAAAGACAAAGAUAAACCAGCAGUUUCACCAGCUUUUAUUAGUUUGAAAAAUCAAUCUGCUUUGGUAGACUUCAUAAACUUGGUUUGAUAUUUAACAUUUUUGUAUUGUGGAAUGAAAAAUGUUAUUUCCAUACAGUGAAAAAAUUAAAGAACCUUUUUCUUAGGAA